CCGAUUUUAAUCUUUUUUUUCUCUUAUAAAUUCUCAAAUCCACGAAGAACUCAUUAUGUCACAGUUUCAAAACGUCAACUUUAGAAAUGUGUGGCUCUCUGCUCGUGUCUUUGAAUUUUGAAAACCUUGAUUUGGUUUUAUAUAGUAUAUGAUAAAUGAUGGCUUGAUUUCAGGUUCCUGGUAUUGCGCAUGUUGACUCACUGUCACUCUCACUGGAACACUUGAAUAGAACAGAGCCGUCGUUAGUGUUACUAUUAACACCUGUCGUUUUCUUUCUAUGGCAAGUCAAAUGCCUGCUGUGAGAAAGGCCUAUUAUGCUGGAUACGGUGUUGUGUCUGACUGUAGAAUGCUUUUCUCGCAUCAUUUUGUAAACUUAAAUUACCGGAUAAGCAUUUUUUGAUUCGGUAGCAUUUCAGUUGCAUUUUUACGCACAUAAAAAAAAGCCUGUGAAAACAUUUAGCCUCUCUUGGAAAUAUCAUUUGCUUUUCAAUACAAAUAAUAUGAAUGUAAUUGUGGUAGAUCUCCACGUGGUGACACUAUAGACCGUAACAUUGAGAGUUCCUGUGUAGUAGUUUCAGCUCCUCCCGGUUUUAGAUGACGAUGUGGCUUCUCCAGGCUUUGUCACAAAGAGAGAGCGAGAGGACAGAGGGAAGAUCGGUUGUAUUCAUUUGUACAAUAUGUAGGCAUAUUUGACGCAGUCUACAGUUGCAUUUUUUUCAUAGUUGUAAAAUUCGUGACGGGUUUUCCUUGCAUUUGGAUGUGCGUUUAAAUCACCGUAUGGAAUAAUGCCUGCGCCGAUGAGGACGUCUAUUGUUUGGUGUCUGGUGCUUGUGCUACUGGAGUGUUGCUGGGAAGCGGAGACUGGGCAGCUCUCGUAUUCCGUGUCCGAGGAAUUGAAUCCGGGGACUUCUGUAGGAAAUAUCGCCAAGGAUCUAAACCUCAGCCUUCAGGAUUUGGAAUCUCGUAUGUUUCAGAUUGUUACUGGAUCAAAAAAAAAAUAUUUCGAGGUAAAUGUAAAGACUGGUGUUCUCUUUGUGAAUGAGAGAAUAGACCGAGAGGAGCUCUGCGCGGAGGCACCAAAAUGCACUGUCAGUGUAGAAGCCGUGAUAAACAGCCCAUUAAAGCUGUACCGCUUAGAAAUAAAUAUACUAGAUGUUAACGACAACGACCCGGUAUUCACUGAGAAGUCUCAAACUAUAGACGUAGCAGAGAAUACUAUACCUGGAAUUAAAUUCGCUUUGUCGGAGGCUAUCGAUGCAGAUGUAGGUAAGAACACGGUUAAUGCGUUUAAAUUAACACCAAAUGAAUAUUUCUCUCUCGCUACAAUUAAAGGAGGAGAAAGCGUGUCUGCAGAGUUAGUGUUACAGAAAACGCUGGAUCGAGAGAAACAGCCUGUGAUACAUCUCACUGUGACUGCUGUAGAUGGAGGCACUCCACCGAGAUCUGGCACGUCUCAGGUUAUUAUUCACGUUUUAGACAUAAAUGACAACACUCCAGUGUUUAGUAAUCCCUUGUACAAAACUCGUAUAUUUGAGAACACGCCAAUCGGGACAACUGUGAUUACACUGAAUGCAACCGACGCAGACGAGGGGACAAACGGUGACAUUGUGUAUUCAUUAAGAAGUAAAGGGCAGGAUCGUAUAUUGGAGAUUUUUGAUAUUGAUCCCAUAACAGGUGCAAUAAUGGUCAAGGCUAAAAUCGACUAUGAAGAAAAUAAAGCCUUUGAGAUCCGUGCAGAAGCAAAUGAUAAAGGUCAGCCACCGAUGUCUGCUCACUGUAAAGUGCUGGUAGAAGUAAUUGAUGUCAAUGACAAUGCCCCUGAGAUCACAGUGACGUCACUGUUAAACACAGUGAAAGAGGACGCUGAUUUGGGUACUGCUAUAGCACUUGUGUCAUUUGUGGACCACGAUGGUGGCAAAAACGGCGAAGUGAAAUGUAAAAUCUUAAAUCAGGUUCCCUUUAAACUAGAGACAAACUACAAAAACUAUUAUUCUCUAGUAGUUGACGGGGCCCUUGACAGAGAAAUUACCUCCAACUACAACGUCAUCAUAUCAGCUACCGAUGAAGGGACUCCUCCUCUCUCUAACACUAGUGUUAUUACUGUUCAUGUUUCUGAUGUCAAUGACAACUCGCCUCGUUUCUCAGAACCAGAUGUUAAUGUUUACGUGAAAGAAAACAGUAAAGUUGGGGUAAUUAUUAAAACCGUAUCUGCAUCUGAUGCUGACAUUGACAAGAAUGGCCAGGUUAGAUAUUCAUUUUUAGACAGUAACAGUAACUCAGUCCCCGUGUCUACAAUGGUGAACAUCAACUCAGAGACUGGAGAUAUAGUCAGCCUGCAGUCUUUUAACUAUGAGGAGUUAAAAACGUUUCAGUUCAAAGUUCAGGCUACAGACUCUGGUGUUCCUCCGCUCAGCAGCAACGUGACUGUGAACGUUUUAAUCCUGGAUGAAAACGACAAUAAUCCAAAUAUUCUGGCGCCCUAUUCUGAGCACGGCUCCGUUAACAGUGAGAGCAUCCCCUAUUCUGCUGAAGCGGGAUACUUUGUGGCAAAGAUCAGGGCUGUAGACGCAGACUCUGGAUACAACGCGCUGCUUUCUUUUCACCUCUCUGAGCCCAAAGGAAACAACCUCUUCCGGAUCGGAACCAGCACCGGAGAAAUCAGGACUAAGAGGAGAAUGAGUGACAAUGACCUGAAAACUCACCCCUUGGUGGUGUUGGUUUCUGAUAACGGAGAACCCUCCCUGUCAGCUACUGUGUCUAUUGAUGUGGUGGUGGUUGAAAGCACAGCUGACCUUCAGACUCAGUUCAGACAUGUGCCCAUAAAGGAGGAGAGCUUCUCUGAUUUAAACCUGUAUCUGCUGAUCGCCAUUGUGUCGGUGUCAGUGAUCUUUCUGCUGAGCCUCAUCAGUUUAAUAGCUGUCAAAUGCCACAGGACAGACGGCAGUUUCAGCAGGUACAGCGCCCCAAUGAUCACCACCCACCCUGACGGGAGCUGGUCUUACUCCAAAUCUACUCAGCAGUAUGACGUGUGUUUCAGCUCAGACACACUGAAGAGUGACGUAGUGGUUUUCCCCGCACCGUAUCCACCUGUAGAUGGUGAGCUGAUCAGUAUUAACGGAGGAGACACUUUUACCAGAACUCAGACUUUACCCAACAAAGACAAGGUAAGAGCCAUAAAGAGCGAACACUAUCAAUCAGUGCAUAUUUUGUCUUUCAUAGGCUUAGCUGCUUUAAGUGAAGGAAAAUGUUGUUCCGUGUGUUAUUAUCAACACUUUAGCAAUAUAAACAGUCUGCUAGAUUGUUUACAUCUACAGUUUUUAUGUAGUGCUUAAAUGGGAAAAGCGCUCUCCAUGGUGCUGAUAUCUCUCUGCGUGCCUCAGUCGUUGGAACAUGCUUGAAUUCAUGUACUUAUGGCUAACUGGUAUUACUUGUGCCAUAGCUUGUCGGUGGGUCUGAAAAAAAAUGAAAUAAACAUCGUUGAUGUUUUUUCUAUAAAGUUGCAAAACAUUUUAGAAUUAUACGGGCUUAGACCUUUAGCAACAAAAACAUAAACUGGUAAAAUAUGGAGGAAUGAAAUGAAGGGUUCUGUCCAAAAUGAUUAUCUGGUUUGUAAAACGUGUUGUUUUGUUGGUUUGUUUUUCGGUGCUGGGAGCAC